UGGUGGCUCAGUGGACGGCUUUGACUAGAUCCAGGCCAGAGAAGUGAAAGCAUCCUGAGCCGGUGGGAGGAUCUCGGGGCCAUCCGCUUCGCAAGUCCUCUUACUGACCUCCGAUGGUCAGGGUAGGCGUAACAUCCUUGAACCGAUCUGGGUCCUCCUUCUGGGCCACGGCCCGCCACCCCCCGCCCCGACUCGUCUCGCUCAGCUGCCCAGGUGACGGCAACGAAGGCAGUGUCACUGGAAGUUGUCUCUGUCGUAAGAUAGUUUCUUCUAGUUCCCCACCCCCGGCUAAAGUCUUGGAUCAUCUCCGGAAAGAACUGAGAACCUACAGUCACUGCCUGUUCUACAUCAGGUUCCACCUGCAGCACAGCACCGUGUGUGGAGGGAGCCAGGACCCCUGGGUUCUUGAACUGGUGAGCUGCUUCGAUGGCGGAGAAUGUGGACAUGAUCACUGGAAGAGUUCCAUUCACCAAAGACAUCCACUUCCGCCCAGUACCGUGAUCCCUGAGCCCACGGAAGGAGUGCGUCCAGAUGUGAGCAGCCUGGCACAGACUCAGAGUCCCCAGCAGCCCAUCCUUCCAUCAGGAGCACUGCCCUUGGACACAGAGCUCACUCAUCUUAGUGAAACCACCACUCACACUUCUGACUACAGUCUGGGAGCUGGGCCUGAGGCUGGAGAAAAUAAGAAACAGCAGGAUGAAAAGCCAGGUGCUGUGUCUACGACAUCAGCCAUGGUGCCAGUGCUGUCCCUCCUGGCCAUCGUCUUCUUCCUCAUAGCAGCACUCCUCUAUGUACUGUGCACCAGGAGGAGGAAACAAUCACAGCAGUAUUGUCCAGAUUUGCAGCUCCAUUAUAUAUCCAUGACACAAGACUCAGAUGCCUGAUUCAAGAGUGGAAGUUGAUGCCAGUUGACUUUUGGGGGUUGGAGGGUGGGUGCUGGGCAAACUAGGUAUGUUCAUUUACCAUCCGCCACAUGCCCAGAACAGACUGAUUUUUUUUUCUUUUUGUCGUUUUCAAGAUAGUGUCUCACACUAGACCUGGAACUCACUCUGUAAUUCCAGGCUGGCCUUGAACUCACAGCAAUCCUCCUACCUCUGCCUCCCAAGUGCUGGGAUUAAAGGCGUGUGCCACCACACCCAGUUCUGGGCCCUUUUAACAAGAUGUAUCAAUUUAAAAAUCUGUUGUCUUUGCUGGAGAGAUGGCUCAGCAGUUAAAGGCACUUCCUUGCAAGCCUGAUAGCCUAGGUUUGAUUCUCCAGCAACCAUAUAAAGCCAGAUGCACAAAGUGGCAUACUCAUCUAGAGUUUGUUACAGUGGCAGGUGGCGGCCCUGGUGAGACCAUACUCUGACUUUCUCUAUCUGUCAAAUAAAAAUAUUUAAAAUCUGUGGUCUGAAGGUAUAGCUCUGUAGUAGAGUGCUUGCCCAGCAUGUAUAUGAAGUUCUAGGUUCAAUAUCAGCACUGUCAAAUAAGUAAAUAAAAAUAGUAUCUGGGGCUGGAGAGAUGGCUUAACGCCUACAAAGCCUAAGGACCCAGGUUCAAUUUUCCAGGUCCCUCAUAAGCCAGAUGCAUAUGGUGGCACAUGGGUCUGGAAUUCCUUUGCAGUGGCUAAUGGCUCUGGCAUGUCCAUUCUCUCUCUAAUAAAUAAAUAAAAAUAAAUCUUAAAAAAAAAAACAGUAUCUGCCUAUUACACUGCAUGAGAACUUGGACAAAUUUUAUAUGUAUUUGACUACUAAAAACUAUCUUUAGAAGCCUGGCAUGGUGGCACACACCUUUAAUUCCAGCACUUGGGAGGCAGAAGUAGGAGGAUUGCCAUGAGUUCAAGGACACCCUGAGACUACAUAGUGAAUUCCAGGUCAGUCUGAGCUACAGUGAGACUCUACCUUGAAAAACAAAAAAAAAUAAAUUAUCUUUAGAAUUACACUUCCUUCAUUACAUAAGCUUUGGGCCCUUGUCUCCUUAUAACUGCUGAUAUUCUCCCCUAGCCACAAGUCUCCCUUUGUACCACAUCAGCUCUUUUCUAGCCACACCGAAAGCUUGGGCUUUCUCAUCCUCCCUCCUCAGUGGCUGUGCUAAUUUACUUCCUCAACCUCUUGUAUCACUCAUGUAUACUUCUGUGAGUCUGACCUCCUUUAAAAGAAAACUGUUACUGGGCUGGAGGGACUGGGCUGGAGGGAUGGCUUAGUGGUUAAGGUGCUUGCCUACAAAGCCAAAGAAUCCAGGUUCAAUUCUCCAGGUACCACAUAAGCCAGAUGCACA